UAUCACAUGCCAUUACCGAUUUUGUUGCCACAGGGGGAUGCGCUGUUGUUGAUUGUUUCUACAACGUUGCUAGAAGCGGCUUAAUUCACACACACGCUCAUGUCUCUUCUCACGGUCGAGCGUGCUUCUCCAUCCGAAGGAAGCGCCUCGGAAUCGGACCUCCUAGACGCAGACGACCCGCAGGCCGAAGAACGAUCGAAAUGCUCGAGUGUCGAAGGCUUUCUAGCGACGAAAAGCAUCGCCGUUGGCCUCGGACAUCGCAUGCAAUGGCGCCUGAACAGCUCUCAGUAUCAAGGAGAAGGCUACGCGCAUCUUCGAGCUCUCGUUCAGUUGAUAUGUCCGCCCGACGAAUGUAAACUAGCGGUAGAGUUGGAGAGCAGGCUCUCCUUUCGACGCUAUUUCGUUAUGGUGGCGAGAAUCGGCGUGCAGGACACGGAGGAGAGCGCCAUUCUGGGAGUCGAUUGGGUCGAAGGCAGCAGACUUCGUGUAGGGUUGGUGUUUCCUAUUUGGAGGGAUGUACAUGUUGUACUAGACGGUGAUGGUGGCUUUAGCGUGAGCUCCGGCAGCCGCACACACACGUUCAAGCCCGUCUCUGUUCAAUGCAUGUGGGCCGCCUUUCAGGCUCUUCACAAGGCCUGCGAGAAUGCACGGCGUUAUAACUACUAUCCCGCUGCGGGCAGUUUGUCUCACACCUGGAUUGGUUAUUAUUUGUCUGAAAUGACUAAUGAAGUUGUCAGUCUGAAUGAAUGGAACAUAAUGAACGACCUUCAAUCUGACAGACCUGAGACUCCUCCUCUUGAUCCUAGACAGCUUGUCAAGCCUAGUGAGAAAGAAAUUAUCAAGCAAGCUAUCUAUGUCAAACUGAAGGAUGUGAUGAUGAGAGUUGAUCUUGAGAGUAUCACCAGCAAAGAAGUGCGAGAGCGGUUGCAAAUCGUCAUGGAAAUGGACCUACGUAGCUACAAAUCAUUUAUUGAUGAGCAAAUCAUAAGGAUCUUUGGUCAGAUGGAGAAUCCAUCACAGAUAUUGGAGCAUCUAUACCUGGGAUCAGAAUGGAAUGCCUCUAAUUUGGAGGAAUUAAAAGAACUGGGAAUUGGUCACAUUCUGAACAUUUCACGUGAGAUAGACAACUUUUUUCCUCCUGAAUUCAAAUAUAAGAACAUCAGAGUAUUCGAUGAUGAGCACGCCGAUCUGCUUCGUCACUGGGAUGACACGUUUCGCUUUAUCCACACAGCAAAAUUGGAGGGAUCGAAGGUGCUUGUUCACUGCAAGAUGGGAAUCAGUCGAUCGGCAUCAACGGUUAUUGCCUAUUUGAUGAAAGAGAAGAAAUGGGAUCUGGAUGUGGCAUUGAGCUUUGUAAAGGAAUGUCGAUCUAUUAUCAACCCAAAUGCCAACUUUCGUAAACAGUUGAAGGAAUAUGAAGGGAUUAUUAGUGCAAGAUACAAUCCUCAUUGGGGACAAAUGGCACCACAGCAGUUCCGUAAACGUCAUCAUUCCGAGGCGUAUUUGCUUGAUCUUUACCAACAACAUUUUGGAGAGUCAGCAAUGGAGAAAGUCGCAUCUGAUGACCAACCGAUGGAUGAUGGAGAAGAGCAUGACCAUAUGACUCUUCAGGUACAGCACACAUUAACUAAAGAAGAAGUGAGAAAGUCAUGGUGUUCAGGCAUGGAUGUGGAUAGCUACGAGUUGGAAGGACAAUAUUUACAGCAGACAAAAGCUAGUCGUCUGACCGAAUAUUUGUCAUCAUUGGAAAAGGCCGAAGUGCCAUCAUACGAGGGUCUUCAAGAAUUUUCAUUUUCAUCUAUCUCGAUGGAAGAAGCGCAGGUGUUUCGUCGUGCAGGAUCACUAAGUCCAUCUGCUCUAACUGGAGCUUGUGGUAGAGGAACACCAUCUGCCAAAAGGAUGAGGAGGGUUACUUCAUCACCCAUUGAGCCCUUCUUCAGCCAUGCUGCUACUACCCAGCCUUCUACUUUAGAUUAUGCACAAUCCAAAAUUGAAAUUUCUACCGAAUCAGAACUGGAUGAGCAUACCAACAUUGAAUGUAACCGAAUUACCAAAAUUUUUCAACCUUCUGCUUCAGUGUUUGUAUCUCCUAGAGCUUCAUUGUCCGUUGGUUCUCCCUGUCCAAAUCAAGUAGAAAAAUUACCCUUAGAACCAAUGUCUCCUAUGGCACAAACUAUCACUAGUAGACAAUGUGACAGUGUCAAAGUAAUGAUUUCCAAUUUAGAAUCACUUUCUGGUUCAGAGAAUUCACAGAACAAACAGCUAUCGCUGAAACUUCAGUCGACUGGUAGUUUUAGAAUAGAUACAGUGUCUCCUUCAAACUCAACAGAGGAUGAAGAAAUGAAUGGGCAGUUGCAUACAAGAAGUAAUACAGCAAGAACUGUCACAAGUCCCUUGAUUGACGAUUACACUAGUAAAUCACCACAGGUAUUGUCUCCCAAGCAAUCUCCUGAACCAGCUGAUGAGCACUCAAAGAAUAAUGAGAAAGUCCAUUGUGUAGUAAGAUCGGCCACUUGUUUAUGUAGUGAGAAGAGUGAUGAGGAUGAACAUGAGACUGCUACUACUGAGAAUCACCAAGAUGAUGUUGUGGAAGGAGUCGGUGUUAAACAGAUUGUACUUAACAUUGAAGCACAGUUUGGUAGCAAUGGAAGCAAUAUUCAUAGUCCAUCUUCUGACGUCCAAAUUCAAUCUCCCACCUUUGAUUCCGAGCAGCAGUCAAUAAUUGAAGAUACUGAAACAGAGGUCGAAGUGCAGAGGAUCAUGGAACGACUCGCUUCUCCUACACCAUUAUUUUAUACACCGGCGACAUCACCAACUCAGUUGGAAAACCGAACAAUAGGGCUAACCUCGUCUGCUACAUCAACUCCCUUGUGCUGGACACCUGCAGUGUCUUCACCUAAGCUUUCUCCUUGCUCUUCUUUCUCAAAGCUUCCAGCAGAGCAAGAUAAUCAGGAGGACUCUGAAUUGACAGAAACAAAAGUGGCCAUGUUGGUUCAGAAGUUUCAAGAAGUAACCAAAUCUAAGAGUCAUACACUUCCACGGUUUUCAGAGGCUGCAAGUCAACGUAAGCUUGUCACAUCAGCCAAGAGAGAUGCAGGCUGUGAAAACUCAUCAUUAACUCUUCCCAGCCUCACAACUAAAAGCAGAUCUGGAAGUUCAUCACUUCACAGAAGUCAGUCAUUCAGCAGUCCCAAUUCGCCUACUCGUGAACGUCGCAUUGAACAGAGAGAAUCAGAAAACAGUUCACUUAUGUCACCACGUACAAGACGACGCAGUAUUGCAAUUGGCUGGAACAAUGAUGAUGCUGAUCUGGACAAGCAUAGGGGAGUUAGUGUCCAGCUACUAUUGGAAAAAUUCCGUAAACUGGGUUCAGCAUCAACAUCAUCUAAAGUGGGCGUGAGAAGCCAACAGUCUGGUGAGGAGGUUGCAACAUCAAUUUGACUCUUACUGUUUGGAGGCACUUCUACAUUGAACUGUUGGUGUUGAUUUGUAUGUUUUAAUAUUCAGCUUGCAGUUCAUUGUACAUACUUCCUAUUUUUCUAUUGCCAGUGCAAUACAGAAUACAGAGUCUGAAGUUUGGUUAGAUUGCUACUCUGACAUGUCAAUUGAAAUGGCUGGUUUCAAAACA